AUUUUUUGCUUCUUGUUCAUCAACACUACUCUCUCUCUGUCUCUCUCUCUCUAGAUUCUCUCCACUUUCUCUCACUAGGAUCUGUACUGUGCUCAUUUUCACUCUCUCCAAUGGCUAUCCUGAGCGUCAUCGCCGUCUCCGGCGAUGAUGCUGAUCAGCAAACUUCGCCGGAAGAAAAAUCUGAUACACCACCAGUGAUCGUAGAAGAGAAGAGCUCGAAGGACGAUUCAGUUGAGGAGGAUUUGCUGGACCUUCAACAAAACGACGCUCCGAUUUCUCCAUCGUCGGAGUCUGAGAAGCCUCUGGUUUCUCCGACGGAGACGGCAGGUGGAGCUAUGGAGAAGGCGACGAAGACAGUGAGAAUACAGAGUAGUGUUGAGAACAACUCUGAUGGAGGAGCGCCGAGCGGGAAUAUUUACAAGGCGUCGGUGUUGUUGAAGCCGUCGCCGAGCGUAACGCAUCUGGAUCAGAUAGUGUCUCCUGGAAGCAACAGGAUGAAUGGACAGCAAGGGAGUUCAGAGAAUGGUUCGAUGAUGGACGAAGCGUGGGAGAGAUUGAAGAAGUCGUUCGUCUACUUCAAAGGAAUGCCUGUUGGUACCUUGGCCGCUCUCGAUCCCAGCGCUGAAGCUUUGAAUUACAAUCAGGUUUUCGUGAGAGACUUUUUUCCCAGCGGCUUAGCUUGCCUGAUGAAAUCUCCACCUGAACCAGAAAUUGUAAAGAACUUCCUAUUGAAGACCCUUCACCUUCAAGGCUGGGAGAAGAGGAUUGAUAACUUCACUCUUGGAGAAGGCGUGAUGCCUGCCAGUUUCAAGGUUCUGUUUGACUCACAUCGUAUAAAGGAUACAUUGAUUGCAGAUUUUGGAGGCAGUGCAAUUGGAAGAGUAGCACCUGUUGAUUCAGGGUUCUGGUGGAUUAUAUUGCUAAGGUCAUACACAAAAUGCACGAGGGAUCAUACACUGUCUGAACUACCUCAGGUGCAAAGAGGGAUGAAGUUGAUACUUAACCUUUGCCUUUCUGAUGGCUUUGACACUUUCCCAACACUUCUAUGUGCAGAUGGGUGUAGCAUGAUUGACAGGAGGAUGGGAAUAUAUGGUUAUCCAAUUGAGAUCCAGGCCCUCUUCUUUUUUGCGCUGAGGUGUGCACAACAAAUGUUAAAACCAGAGGGUGGUGGCAAGGAAUUGAUUGAGCGGAUUGACAAGAGGAUUACAGCCCUGAGCUUCCACAUACAAAAUUACUACUGGCUCGAUUUCACUCAACUGAAUAACAUCUACCGCUACCGUACUGAGGAGUACUCCCACACUGCUGUCAAUAAAUUCAAUGUCAUUCCUGAAUCUAUACCAGAUUGGGUGUUUGAUUUCAUGCCCUUGCGAGGAGGGUAUUUCAUUGGCAAUGUCAGCCCAGCUCGCAUGGACUUCCGUUGGUUCUUAGUUGGGAACUGCAUCGCCAUCUUGAGCUCUCUAGCCACACCUGCUCAAGCUACAGCUAUCAUGGAUCUAAUUGAGGAGCGCUGGGAGGACUUGAUUGGGGAAAUGCCUCUGAAAAUCACUUACCCGGCACUGGAAGGACACCAGUGGAGGAUUGUCACUGGUUGUGAUCCAAAGAAUACUCGCUGGAGUUACCAUAAUGGUGGAACUUGGCCAGUUCUGCUAUGGUUGCUGACAGCAGCAUGCAUCAAGACCGGUAGGCCUCAAAUUGCAAAGAGAGCAAUAGAGCUGGUGGAGCAGCGGAUUUCGAAAGAUGGGUGGCCCGAGUAUUAUGAUGGUAAGACAGGUCGUUACGUGGGAAAGCAAGCGAGGAGGUACCAGACAUGGAGCAUUGCUGGCUAUCUGGUUGCAAAAACCAUGAUAGAGAACCCAUCCAAUCUUCUCAUGAUCUCUCUCGAAGAGGACAAAAAGAUAGCCAAGCCAAGGCUCACUCGAUCUGCGUCGUGGACUUGUUAGAUUGUUUACAUUCAACUGUGAAAAAAGGCCUGGUAUAAACACUUUGCACGCAUUGCAAUCAUUGUAAUCAUCUGUGAGUAUUUUCUUUACAUUCAUAUACUUGGUUUUUGGCUA